UCACAGGUGAAUCAUCAUUCAUCUACUAAUAAUGAAACCUAUCAAGAAAGAUUGGCACGAUUAGAAGGCGAUAAAGAGUCUCUCAUACUGCAGGUGAGCGUUCUUACAGACCAGGUAGAAGCUCAAGGAGAGAAAAUACGGGACUUAGAAAUCUGUCUUGAGGGGCAUCAGUUGAAACUGAAUGCUACAGAAGAAAUGCUUCAACAGGAGCUGCUAAGUCGAACAUCACUAGAGACUCAGAAAUUAGAUUUAAUGGCUGAAGUUUCCGACUUGAAGAUUAAGCUGGUUGGCAUGGAAAAGGAGCAGAGUGAAUACGAAGAGAAACAGAACAAAGCUGAGGGUUUGCUACAGGAACUCAGACACCUCAAAAUUAAAGUGGAAGAACUGGAAAAUGAAAGAAAUCAAUAUGAGUGGAAAUUAAAAGCAACUAAAGCUGAGAUAGCCCAGCUUCAGGAGCAAUUAGCUCUCAAAGAUGCAGAAAUUGAACGCUUACAAUGUCAGCUAUCUAGGACCUCAUCACAUAGCGAAGUUGCAGAAAGAGAGGAAGUUUAUAAAAGAAGGCUAAAAAAAAACCAUCAAGAAGUACAACGGUUGAAGAUAGGAAUGGAAUCAUUAUUGGCUGCAAACGAAGAAAAGGACCGUCGAAUAGAGGAGUUAACACUACUGCUAAGCCAGUGUAGGAGGGUCAAGGAGAUAAUGACUGCAGCUCAAGGCUCUUCAGACAGAAUUGUCUCUGAUGGCAGUGAAGAAGAACUUGAGGCAACUUUAAGGAAGUUGAAUGUUUUGAAUAAUCCUCAAGGAGAAUUAUUUAAAGCAGAGGCCUCUUCAGGAGAAUUGUCACCAGCUUUGCUAUCUCCAGUGACGCACAAAACUACGGAAAUCAGGGUUCCACAGAAAAAAAAGUCAAGUAGCUUAGAAGACUUGCAGAGUGAAUCCCUGGAAAAGUAUAUAGAUGGAAAACCAGUACAGCCUGUUGUAGAACAAGAGAGGAAGCCACUUGUGAAAGGCAGUAAAUAUCAAACUUUGCCAGGAAAACUUCCUCGACCCACACAGAAUGGAGACCAGGGAACAUAUAAUGAGUCAAAUUCACCUGACACCAAUGACACUGAGUACAACAGCAUCCUGGGCCUGAGAGAAACAGAGAACAUGGAUGGUACAGUAGUUUCAGAUGAUCUUUCACCUCUUUCUUUGGGAAUGGAUUCAGGUCCACAGUCUCCACUGUCUCUAGAAAACAGAAAGAGUCCAAAAGGGAUCAAGAAAAUCUGGGGAAAAAUAAGAAGAACUCAGUCUGGUAACUUCCCUGCAGACGAUCUGGGUUUGGCAGAGUUUCGAAGGGGUGGUCUCCGUGCAACAGCUGGACCUCGCUUAUCCAGAUCAAAGGAAACCAAAGGCCAGAAAAGUGACUACAAUGCUCCAUUUGCUCAGUGGAGUACUGAAAGAGUUUGUAACUGGCUUGAGGACUUCGGUCUUGGGCAGUACGUCAUUUUUGCCCGGCAAUGGGUGACUUCAGGCCAUACACUCUUAACUGCGACACCUCAGGACAUGGAAAAGGAAAUGGGAAUAAAGCACCCACUGCACAGGAAGAAAUUAGUUUUGGCCAUUAAAUCAAUAAACACAAAACAAGAUGAGAAGUCUGCACAACUUGAUCAUAUCUGGGUGACACGCUGGCUUGAUGAUAUUGGUUUACCUCAGUACAAAGACCAGUUUCAUGAGUCCAGAGUUGAUGGGAGAAUGUUGCAGUACUUAACUGUGAAUGACCUUCUCUUUCUGAAAGUCACCAGUCAGCUGCAUCAUCUGAGUAUAAAGUGUGCCAUUCAUGUGCUGCACAUUAACAGUUUUAACCCCCACUGUCUACGCAGACGACCAGUUGAGGAGAGUAAUGUUUCACCUUCUGAAGUAGUGCAGUGGUCCAAUCACAGAGUGAUGGAAUGGCUCAGAUCAGUUGAUUUGGCAGAAUAUGCACCAAACCUCCGAGGAAGUGGAGUGCACGGUGGCCUCAUUAUUCUUGAACCUCGCUUCAACGGUGACACACUGGCAAUGCUGCUGAAUAUUCCACCUCAGAAGACCCUACUGCGACGCCACCUAACAACCAAUUUUAAUGUAUUAAUUGGGCCAGAGACACAGCAAGAAAAAAGGGACAUAACGGAGUCAACAGCAUACACACCUCUGACCACCACUGCCAAAGUUCGGCCAAAGAAACUUGGAUUUUCACAUUUUGGAAAUUUAAGAAAAAAGAAAUUUGAUGAAUCAAAGGACUAUGUUUGUCCUAUGGACACAAACCCAGGUGCUACAAAUGGUACUCAGAAGAACUACACUGGAUACAAAGGCCUUAGUCCACUCACUGAUAGGGAACUGGAUCAGAUGGAACACUCAGAAGGAACAGUAAAGCAAAUAGGGGCUUUUUCUCAAGGCAUAAGCAAUCUUACGGUAUGUACCAAUUUUAUUCCUUUUGAAGUCACAAAUGUAUUCUGCUACAACUCAGCAAAAUUUGGAUAUUGCUAAUGGUGGUUAAGAGUAAGUGGGUCACUAUUCUUGUUAUGUGCCUCCUUUAUAGCUUGGUUGCAUGCUAUAUGCAUGCAUAGACACUCCAAAAAAAAAUAAAUCACUUUUACUAGAAAUUAAGUUUCACUUCAGCAUCUUCUAAGUUUUCACUAAUUUUAUCUCUGUGACAGGCAUCCCUCCCAAAGACUAGCAAAGAUGUAAGACUUGAAGAUGUACAAGAGAGAAAAUAUCACAGGGAAAUAAAUCACUGUGUACUCCUGAUUCAUGUUGGUCCAUUUUUUAAAAAUUAGUUAAUUGACUGAAGAUGUAUGAACAAUGCCACACACAUCUGUGUGAAAAUUUCUACUUUUGCUAUUUAAAACAGCCAUUUAGGAGAUUCCUUUUAAUUUUAUGUGACUCCAACCCCCUCUGUUGUGAAUCUGAUCAAAUUACAGUUGGAUUUCUCUAAACUACAGGCCUCUGACUAUGUCUAAUUGUUUUAAUAUUGCUGUGAUUUUUUUCAGACAUUGUUAAGCCAAGAUGAAAUGCUAAAUGACAGCAGAUUUUUAACACCUACCUUAGAAGACUGGAGAUGAUAUUUGAGCAUGACCAAGACCACUAAUACCUCAUCCCUGCCUGGGGCAGGCCAGGAGAAGCCUGAUGUUAUGGUACAGAAAAGCUUUACCUCUUUUCCUCUAGUGACACACCCCACAUAGUACUUAGUAUUGCUAGCAGAGCAACACUUCACAGGUAACACUCCUCUGCACUCCUUCCAUAUAAUAUAAUGUAAAAGAGGUGCUGAAAGAAGUGCUACGCAAUUGUUUCUUAUGCAGAGUCUGGAAAGCCAGUAUGUUUUACCCUUAUAUUUUAUCAUCUUUUACAUGGUAUGUUUAUGUACUACUAUUGAAAAAGUCUUUUAUAUAUGUAUAUAUUUAAUUUUUAUAAUUAAUUUGUAAUGCAGGAAUCAUUAAUAUUCUAUACCACAUGGACUAAUUAGAGCCAGCUAGCAAUUCAGACAGGUGCUGGCAAGCACAGCUGUAAUGGCUCACUAUUACUGCGGUCAUGCCAGAGAUAUUUUCCCAUAGAAGGACUCUCACCCCCUUCACUAGAACAUACCCUGCCCUUUUUUUUUGGUGGUUGUUCAAAAAGCAUGGUUUAGAAUAGGAAAAAUAAAAUGUAAUAGUGUCCACAAAGCCCUUGCAGGAGGGUGACAAUCAAGAUGGCUUGUUUCUUUUUAACACCUGACAAAAUAAAUCUGUAGCAAUCAUAUGGAGGUAGGUAAGACAGCAAUACUGUAACAGAGGGAAAUGCAGCUUCUGUGUUGUGUUCACAGCUGCAGCAGCUUGUGCAAUCUGAUAGCACAUGCCUUUUAUGUAUUAAUAAGGUAAUUAAUAACUAACACUAUAUCUUAUACAGAGAAAUACCAGAAAUCUGUCCAACUGGAAAGAAAAGGCUUUCUAUGAAUAUGCAUAGUUUGCAUUACUUCCUCCUUUCUUGCUACAAGAUGCUGGUUUAUCUAUUAAUAUAAGCCCAAGGGUGGGCUACUCCUAGCCACAAUCCUUCCAAAAUAAAUGGGAAACCUCAGGUGCUGUCCAGAGCAUGCCCAAAAUGUUAAAAUUAAGGCCAAUUUUUUUUCAGUCACUGAAGAAUUAAAUAAAUAAAAAUUCAAAGGAAUGAUAAAUUAAUCUGACACGAACAAACUAAACAUGCUCCCUCUGAUCUGGCAAUGUAGUAGUGCAGUCAGCACUAGUGUAGGCAUAUACUAACAGACACGUGAAAUACCCUGUCGGAUUAACUGAUCAGAUUCAUCCUAGUCAUAAUACUAUAACUGCUCUGGCAGGGGCAGCCUUAGUAUCACUGAGCUAUUCCAAGCAGCUUUCCCUUUUUCUUUUGAGGGAGUGUUUGUAACUAACUAUAGUGUUGUGCUAAGCUUGAUGUGAGUAUCUCCUUUUUUAAUAUAGUAAGAAAUCCUAGGUAUAACAUAGGCAUACAUGCUUACACCUUUGACUGUUAUGAAUAAAUUCUGAAUAUUCUUCUAUUACUUCCUGACCUUGGAAUGAUUGUAACAGAAACAGAGGUAGCUGAUCUCUUAUCAGUGACAGAAUCACAGCUAUGAAUGUCUGUGACUUUCUCUGCAUUAUUAUUGCAACUUCCCUAAGUCACGCUUUAACUACUAGAUGGUUUAUUUUGCUUCAGAGGAAUUAAAAUAUUUAGUAAGCACAGUUGUUUGCAACUGAAGAACCAAGUCUUCUGUCUUUGAGAUUUUUCAGACCUUAAAGCAAUUGAAGUAUGAACUAAUUCCUGAAAAUGAAUAAGCAGUACUGCAUGCACUGACAACUAAAAAUUCAAUGCUACAUGGUAAAAAUACUCAGAAAAGGUACAGCUGAAUGUAAGACCAACUCAGCAAGGCUUACAAUAGGAAGGAAGAAGCCAUGCUUUCUUUUAGGCAAAAAGAAUGGCCAGAGACAGCAUGACAUUACAGAAUCCUCCUCAAUAACUUCCACAUGAAUGAGAAUUACUAUUACAGUAAUAAACAAUUACAUGUUACCUAAAUUUUUAUUAGAUGCUUUUUAGUGGCAUACUGUUGGCAUUUUGCUUAAAGUCUUGUAAAGGGCUGCAAAACAGCACUUUGAGAAAACACUGUUCCUUGUUCUCUCCUUCACCAGAAUGAAUUAAUUACUUAUAGAGCGCUCACAUCAUCCUGUUCCAGUUUUUACAGCCCUCUCCCAAAUACCAUAUCCAUGUCAACAAACAAGUCAUUUGAUCACUGUCCUGCUUCUCAAUUUACACACUUUUUUUCUUAGAACUGCAGGUGUAACACUUCAUAUUAACUUAUGACUUAGUUACUUCCCACAUAAUUGAAAAAUAAUUUCUCAGCCUCUUAGUAGUCAAAGGUCACUAUGAAGGUUAAAACUCACAGAAAUUAUCCCAUUAAAAUACACACACAAAAUUAAGAAAUACUGCACAGUUAUGUAACAGCCGUUCCUGUAAGAAAAUAUG